AGAGGGAGAGGACGCGCGAGCGGGAGCGAGCGCGAGGGCGGCGGCGGGGAGGGCGGCGGGAGCGCACAGACACGCACACGCGCACACACGGACACACACUCCGGGGACGCACACCCGCGCGUACACACGCAGAGGCAGCUCGCCUUCCUGCCUGGCUUCCUUCCUGUCUGCUCCGCGCCUGACAGGCCCCUCGCUGCAGGCAGGGGCGGCCCGCACUGGGCAGAAGCCGGGCCGGGCCGGCGGCGAGGGCAUCGGGGGCCGCGGGCGGCGGCAGCGGCUCAUGCCCGGCCUGUCCCUGCGAGGGGCGGGCACCGUGACUCGGCUGGGCCCCCAGCGGCGGGCGAUGUGAAGAUGUCAGUGGGCUGUGCCUGUCCUGGUUGUUCCUCAAAGUCAUUCAAGCUGUACUCACCGAAGGAGCCCCCGAACGGCAACGCCUUCCCUCCCUUCCAUCCCGGCACCAUGCUGGAUCGGGAUGUGGGCCCGACUCCCAUGUACCCACCUACGUACCUGGAGCCUGGGAUAGGGAGGCAUACACCAUAUGGUAACCAAACAGACUAUAGAAUAUUUGAGCUUAACAAACGGCUACAGAACUGGACAGAGGAGUGUGACAAUCUCUGGUGGGACGCUUUCACGACUGAGUUCUUUGAGGAUGAUGCCAUGUUGACCAUCACUUUCUGUCUGGAGGAUGGACCAAAGAGAUACACCAUUGGCCGGACCCUGAUCCCACGCUACUUUCGAAGCAUUUUUGAGGGGGGUGCUACGGAGCUGUAUUAUGUACUUAAGCAUCCCAAGGAGGCAUUCCACAGCAACUUUGUGUCCCUCGACUGUGACCAGGGAAGCAUGGUGACCCAGCACGGCAAACCCAUGUUCACCCAGGUGUGUGUGGAGGGCCGGUUGUACCUGGAGUUCAUGUUUGACGACAUGAUGAGGAUAAAGACGUGGCACUUCAGCAUCCGGCAGCACAGAGAGCUCAUCCCCAGGAGUAUCCUGGCCAUGCACGCCCAGGACCCCCAGAUGCUGGAUCAGCUCUCCAAAAACAUCACCCGGUGUGGGCUGUCCAACUCCACUCUCAACUACCUCCGACUCUGUGUGAUACUAGAGCCCAUGCAGGAACUCAUGUCCCGCCACAAGACCUACAGCCUCAGCCCCCGAGACUGCCUCAAGACCUGCCUUUUUCAGAAGUGGCAGCGCAUGGUAGCACCUCCCGCGGAACCGGCACGACAGCAGCCCAGCAAACGGAGGAAACGGAAGAUGUCGGGGGGUAGCACCAUGAGCUCGGGGGGUGGCAACACCAACAACAGCAACAGCAAGAAGAAGAGCCCAGCCAGCACCUUCGCUCUCUCCAGCCAGGUACCUGAUGUGAUGGUGGUGGGGGAGCCCACCCUGAUGGGCGGGGAGUUCGGGGACGAGGACGAGAGGCUCAUCACUCGGCUGGAGAACACCCAGUUUGACGCGGCCAACGGCAUUGACGACGAGGACAGCUUUAACAACUCCCCUGCACUGGGCGCCAACAGCCCCUGGAACAGCAAGCCUCCAUCCAGCCAAGAAAGCAAAUCGGAGAACCCCACGUCACAGGCUUCCCAGUAAAGGCCCUGCUAUGGCCACCCAGCACUCUGGCUGCCCCACCCCUCACAGCCCCAGGGAGCAGAAGACAAGGAUGAGACUGAAGCAUCUGAAAUGGGCAGCCUCCAUCCACCCACUUCAGGGAGGAACUGGACUCACUGGGGGCAGGUGCCAAGAUUUGCCCCUCAGUUGCCCUGGGCUGGGCCUGGCCCCUGCAGAGCCUUUUGGGGGAAGGGGGUACUCAUGUGGAUGCCUUUGUGGACCCUGGGCCUCUGAGAAAUGUCCUGACCCUCCUCUCCCCAGGGCAUUUGCCCCCAUUCUCACCCCAGGUUCUGGGUGCCCCAUCUUCCUGAUUUAUCCCUUUGAGCCUGGGGUUUAUACCCACAGUCCUUAGGGGCUUAAAGUUUGGGGCUUGGUUGAAUGCCCUUCCCCUAGGUGACUGUUAAUAGAGGGUAAAAUUCUGGGUUCCUCCCUUUUGCCACUUACCCAGCUCCAAGUUUUUAAAAAAAAAAAUAAUAUUAUUAAAAAUGUAAAUUAAAAAAAAGUCACUCAUGUUCCCCUAUUCCCCUGUUGAAAAUCCAGCUACCUCCCUCCUGACAGGUGGAGGGCCUAGGGCCCAGGUGGGGUGAGAGUUGGAGCAGGGGAGUAUGCCUACCAUUUAUACCACCUGAGAAGCUUCUUUGGGCCAAGGAGACACUUGGCCAUCUCUCCUCUCUCUCUCUCUCUCUGGGGUGACUGGAGUUGGGGGCAGCGUGCCAUCGGUUGGGGUGGAGCCGUUGAUGACUGCAUCUCUUGACCCCUGUUGUCUGUCUUCCCAGCCUCCAGGACUCUGGCCUGGUCCAGUGCUUGUGAGUCCCUCUAGCCCUACCCCCUCUACAGCGUGCAUUUUUACAGUCUUCUACUAGAGCAGCUGUCUUGGACGAGUAGGGAGGUCCCCCUCCCUCAGGGAGCACAGAGGGAAGGGAGCUGCUUUGUUUGUCACUGACUGUUGUUGGUUGUUUUGUUUUGUUUUGUUUUGGUCUCAGUGUGUCAGGAAUAGGAUAAGAGGACCUUAUCCACUCUUAAUUCCAGACCACUCCUCUCCCAGCCCCUCAAACUGUAUCUGGUACUGACGUCUCUUUGACUUGAGGGAAAGGAGCCACUUAGGCCAUCUAGCUUAAACCCAUCAGGGAGAAAAAGGCCUCUGUCCUCCCCAAACUGAGGUAGUCAUUUCUGUCCCCACGUUCCCUCCUGCAGCAGCUAGUGUCCCCAGCUCCAUUCCCUAGAUGGGGAAUAUGAAGGCUCACAGGUUCUGUGGCUCAUGGCUCCGCUGCCUUUUCCUGUGGCCAGGCCCAGGGUGUACGGGUGCCUCCUCCCCGUUCUCCCUUUUGGAGUAUGGGGUCCCUUGGGCCCUGCUUCCUCCUUGGCAGUCACUUUUGGGAGGAUGCUGUCAAGAGCCAAAGGAAAGGGUGAGGAAGGUGGAUGUCCCAUCCCUACUGUAAUGAUUUUUUCUCUUUUUUUUUUAAGUUUUUAUUUUUUUUCCCUUUUUGGCCAUUUGAGUCAUGUAUGGUACCAAUCAAUAAAGAGACUUUUUUGUUUGAGAGUG